UUUUUUUUUGUUUGUUUGUUUGACAUGUUGCUCAAUUUGGGAAGAGCCAUUACAAGAUCAUCUAAAAGUUUAAAGCCUGUAUUUCAAGCAGGAACCAACUAUGCAAAAAAGGUUGCACCUUUAACGCCAGCCUUAACCUUAAGAACUUUUUCCAUUCAAAUCCCAAAACAUGCUGAAAUAGUUGAAGCAAAUGUGACUCCACCACCUAAAUUAUCUCCUGAGCAUGAGCAUACACCACAAACACUUUUAAAUGUAUUAGAAGAAUGUAGGCAAACGGGAAAAAUGAUGGACGCCAUCACAACUGUUCAAACUGCUCAAGAUCUUAACUUGGCAACACCUGAAUUAUACCUUCGUUUAAUUAAUAUACUAGGAGAAUUACCUUUUGAGCUUCAAGAAUGUGCUGUUGUUGCUCAUUGGUUUUAUUCACCUAAAUCAGAAUUGCCUGCUGAGACCCUUAACAAUCUUGAUAUCUGGAAAAGUUUAUUAAAACUUGGAUUUAAUUUUGGAUCAACAUAUCGUGCAGAAGACCUUAGCAACCUUGUUCGUCGAUUUACACACAUUUUUGACCUGUCAACUUUAGAAGACGAAACUAUGUGGGCAUUGUUAAUAAGGGCCUAUGGGAUUAUUCAUAAAUCUGAACUCAUUUCGGAUAGUCUUGCAAAAAUUGAAAAUAAUCAAAAUAACAAGAGUAUUGUUUAUUCAAGUGCAUUAUUGUCAUACGCUGCAGUAAAUUCUCAUGAAAAUGUAGAAAAGAUGUUGGAGAAGCUAAAAGAAACUAACUCGCUUUCGCAUCGUACGCUUUUGAAAUUAAUUCGUUGUUAUGGAUUCAAUGGUGAUAUUAGUCGUACUUCAAAAUAUGUGACUAUGUAUAAUACUCUAUAUCCUGACGAGUGUUGUAAUGUGUCAAUGCUUUUGAUUGCUCACAAGGUUGCAUUACAAAAGAUUCACAAACACCUAAGUCGAACACGUGGUUCACAGGGGCUAAACCUAAAGCCUGUUUAUUUGACAGAACUUGAUCAGAUACAUGCAUCAUGGACAGAUUUAACAAAUAACUUGCUCAAGGACUCUACAAAAUCAGUAGAUAUUACUGAUUGCAAUGUUAUUUUAGAAUAUUUAACUAUCGCUAAUCAUAUUGAUCCUGUUCAAUUUCCAAUGGAAAAAGCUGAAGAGUUUCUUGAUUCUUACAUGCCUAACCAUUCAAUUAAACCUGAUGAUGUAAGUUAUCAAGUUAUGCUAACAGGCUAUUCGGCUUCACAACAAUACAAGGACAUUCAUCGCAACAUUAGGCUCCAUAAAGCCCUAGAAAUAAUUGUUAGGAUGCAAUCGGAAGGAAUAAAGACUCUCAAGCACUCUAUAUUCCAUGCCCUUUUCCAUGCCUGCCUUCCUCAUCGAAAUGGCCAUUAUUACUUUGACAACUUUAGGUUAAAUUCUUUACUUCCUACUCGUCCAUAUGCACACAAUCGAUUUAAUAUAGAUCCACGUAUAUUUGAAAUCGAAAAAAUUAUGUUAGAAGGCAAACUACCUCAUGAUCGUUUUACUUUAACCACCAUGUUAACUUGCUUAGCCAGUGGAGGACAAUUUAAAGCAUUCCGUAGAAGAUGGAAUGCACUUAAACUUUAUGGACUUCGACGAGAUAUUGGUAUGUAUCGACUUGUAUUUGCUCUGUCCUCUUUAGAUCCUACAGAGUCCAAAUAUGCUAUUGCAGUUAUACGAAAUGAAAUGAAGCGAGAAAUUCCAAAGGAUCGUAUGGAUUGGGAUACCUAUAGAGCCAUGCUAGACUGCUGUAUAUCUGCCCAAUUACCUAUAGAAGCGAAGGAGAUCAUGAAAGAGAUGACGAAAAAUUGUGAACACAUUCAUCGCACCAAAACUCAUGCUAAUGAUCUUGUUAAAUGGCCAUUCCUUGAUGAACCUAAUUUCUAUCUUCCUCUACUUCGUGCAGCCGUAUCACUGCCUGGUUUGAAUGCAAAUAAGAUUAUAAAAGAAAUCGAUGAUAAAAAAAUUACUUAUAACCAAGGCAUUUGGGAAGCUCUAUUAUCCAAAUUAACACUAGAAGAUGAUAAACAAGGCAUACAACAAUUAUUUAAUAAAUAUACCAUGUAUCGUUUUGAAAAGGAAGGUAAAAUUCCUGUACCUGUUCGAGAAGCAUCUAGUCCUGCAAUCCCCUUUCCAUCUGCACCUUACAAGACAUUGGAUAUAAAGUUCAUUGAUGCUUACCUAGCUACUUUAAUUGAUUCUCAAGAUAUAUCACUUGUCUUUGAUGUCUUGCGCACCUUGACCGAGCAAACAAAUAAACUUGGUAUCUCACGUUCUUUAUUGAAAGGUAUCGUACAUUUAGCCAAAAAAGAAAAAUCAAAAGAUGAAUUACAAUGGUUCAAGGAUGAGGUAUUACCUAAGGUGCCAGUACAAAAUAAGAGUGUAAGAAUGUUAGGAAAACAGAUAGAUGCUUAUUUAAACUAAUGAUAUAAAAAUAAAUAAAUACGUCUGAGACAAUCCUAACUUUUUUUUUGUUUUGUUGAGCCUGA